CUUUUCAAGAUUUCUUGCUUCUUCAAACUGCCAUCGAAAUUCGCUAAGAGGUCCGAUCUCAGGUUGUUUACCCGGUUUGACCCCUACGGGUUUUGGAAAAAUCGGCGACCCUGUCCGGUUUUCAAAAACCGAACCGGAUCAAUACCUUUUUGAAAUCUGAAAACAAAAAUUUGAAAAACCCUAACCAACCUCACUCACUCGUCACUCGCUCAUCAUUCAUCACCGAUUCUCUCUCCUCCGUACCUCACUCACCGCGCCGGUCAGCCAACAGAGGUCGCAUCUCCUGCCUCCGCGCCGCCAUUCUCCGUUAUCCUUCCUCCAUGCCGUGUUCCUCGUCGCCGGUCUCUGCCUCCUUCGCGUGACUCGUCAUCCUCUGCGUGUGGCUGUGCUGAAGCUCCGAACUCCGAAGCUUCGCCGUCCCUGACUCAGCUUCUGCUUCUGCUUCUGUAGUUAUACUGAUUAGUCUUGAUGGAGAGGAUGGUUCUGAUAUUGUUCCGAAAAGCUGGUUAAGGGGAAAUUAUUCAGGGCACAAAGAGCUCGAAAUGAGUGCUGCAGAAACACCAAAGAAAACCGGCACGCCCCAAAUUGUUAAGUUGGACAAGGCAUUGAAGUUGGCUGAGGCAUGGGUAAAUAGUAUGAGUAAAGGUGCUGAUGAUCAUGAUGAAAAACCGGAUAAUGAAGUAGAGGGUCGGCCUGAAAGGCUUGGAUUAGGUGCAAAAGUUUCACGGAAAUCCAAAGUUGGUCCCUCAGAUGACCCUGUUGACAGAAAAUUGUAUGCCAAAAUGCAAGCCGAAAAAAGAAAGACAGCGAAAAUUGCUCAAGAAUCUGCUUCAGUCGCAAGCAAUGCUUUAGAUGACGAGGAAUACGAUGAAGAAUUGGAAAGCAGAACUAGUGCGUUCACCAAGAGGAAGGCAUCAGUUCCUUCAACACUGUCUAAUAAGAAGCAAAAGUAAUGGCAUCUACUGAUUCGAGAUCCCUAUGUUUAGUUGGUUAUCAUAUUCUUUGCACUUGUCUUACUGGCAUGAAAAAAAAAUGAGCUUUCAUGUAAUACAGUUAUGCACUUAAGGACAAUGGCUAUAAAGUACUAUGGCGGCAUCUAAUGCUCAUUUUGACUAUGUUUCCUAUGUUCCUCUUCAGUAAUUUACAAGAAGAGAAGUAACAAUGUUAAGAGGAAAUGGUAUGUGUUCUUAUAUAUAUUUGUAUUGUUUAGCUUGCUAGCAUAUAAACUCUGAAUCUUUUUUGUAGUUAAUCAAUUACAUUUUGCACAUUGAUUUGUAAAAUUAUACUUGUACAUAUGAAGUUUACUUCACUGCAUAUAAUAUAACAAAUUUGAAAUGAAAGAAAUAGAAAUGAAUAUUCAAGAUAUCCAGAAGGGUAGUAAUCCCAAAAUUACUCCAAGCUGAUCUCACACUUCAUUUAUUUCCAGACUGUAUAAAAUGUAACAGGUUAUCCAAACACCAAAACAGCAAAUAUACAAAGAAGUAAGGAUGAUAUCAAACAAAGUUACAACAAACCAACUAACUAAUGUGAUCAGUUCAUCAGCCAAAAA